AUGACCAGUUCACAGCAAAACCAAACAACAACCACCAUCAUCAUCAACAACCAUCAACCAUCAACCAUCAACAACAACCACUCGAUCGAAGACUACUUAGUAAACAAUAUGACUCCAGAUUACGAUUAUCUGUUCAAACUCCUUUUGAUUGGCGACUCGGGAGUCGGGAAAUCUUGUUUACUCCUAAGAUUUGCUGAUGACACUUACACCGAUAGUUACAUCUCUACCAUCGGGGUCGAUUUCAAAAUUCGAACGAUCGAGCUAGAAGGAAAGACGGUCAAGUUACAAAUCUGGGAUACGGCAGGUCAAGAACGAUUCCGGACGAUCACCUCGUCCUAUUACCGAGGCGCACACGGGAUCAUCGUGGUGUAUGAUGUGACUGACCAGGACACGUUCACGAACGUCAAGCAAUGGCUCCACGAGAUCGAUCGGUACGCCUGCGAAGGUGUCAACAAACUCCUCGUCGGUAACAAGAGUGACUUGACUCAGAAGAAGGUGGUCGAGUAUACGGUCGCUAAGGACUUUGCUGACCAACUGACUAUCCCUUUCCUCGAGACCUCGGCUAAGAGUGCAACAAAUGUCGAGCAGGCCUUCUUGACGAUGGCCAAGCAGAUCAAGGACCGCACCGGCUCGACCACCGUCAACACCGGCUCAAACAAGGCCACUCUCAAGGUCGGCGCGGGCCAGAACGUCCAACAACAACAGUCCAGUGGAUGUUGUUAGACUACCUCCCCUCCUCUCGAUCUCAUACACACACGUGCGCUCUCAGACCUCCGAUCCUAUUGAUAUAUAUCUCCCUCUUGGGAUCUCACCCACGCUUCGUACGGCCCUUUCCUUCUUCCUCGGUCGUCGUCGUCGUGUCCUGUCCUAAGAGAAUGUAUCAUUACUCUUCCCUUCCCUCUCUCUAUCACCCAUUCACUACUCAUGUUCACAUUUUCUCUUUCUUUUUUUCCCUUUUUUUUUGGCUGUUCCGGUCUACUUGAUGAUCUACCUCCCUUCUUUUUUCUUCUUUUACUACUUUUACUCAUCAUCACCCAUCAAAAAAAGAAAAUGAUUCAUGUGUCUUCUUUUUUCUUCUUCUUCUUUACACUCAUCGAAUCACCAAAGAAAAAAAACUCUUUCUUCUCGACCUUUUUCCUUUUUUGAUUCUCUUUUUCUUCUUCAUAUAUAUGUUAAGAAAUGAAAGGCAAUGAUCAGUUUCUCGACUUUCAAGGGAAAAACGUGGCCAAUGCGC